AUGAUCAUGUUCAAGACUAUUUACAGAUUAAGAGUUUUAAUACAAGAAUCUUGCCAGUUUCAUCCUAUUCAUUUAGUAGCCUUAAAGGAAAAAGAACCAACAUUCGAUGACUUGCAAAGAAAGAUUCAGCGCAUUACAGAGAAGCAGGACAUGUCUGAUUAUCGCAUUGCAACCGCCGACCAUUCAAUCAUCAUCAUCGACAAUGCAAGCCUUCAACAUGCAUUGAAAUCAGACAAGCAACAAAGACUUGAGAUUGUAUUCUAUCACAAAGACGAUCAACCCAAGAAUACAUCUAUGACAGUGGUACAAAAUUUAGAUGACCUGCAUUCACGUCGACAUUCGUCUGUUGAACCAAUGAAUAGCAGUAAAUCUAAAAUGUUCUCUCCAGCAAACGAUGCAGUACCGGUUAUUAAACCGACAGUUCUAAGAUGGACUCCUGCUAUAUUGUCGUCGCCAGAUAACAACAGCACUAAUUGCUUCAGAUUGAGUCAUGUUAGACGAUUCAGUAGCAACACUACAGAUGAUUUGAACACUGAGAGAAAAGACUCGGCUAUAUCACUGGAAAACAUUGACGAUGAACAAGACCAGCAACCUCACAGAAAGAAGCAAAGAAUCAUGUCAGCAGACCAUCCUCGUAAAUUGCCUGAUCCAUCCACUUCUCCUUUACCUUCCUUACGAAAUAGCAUCAAUUUGGAUCAUAAUAAUAGAAUUAGCCAUGGUUUACAUCCAUUGGAAAUAAGGAGAUCUUCUACUGCUCCUCUGCCAUCUUCUCCUCCUACAUCUCCAUUUCCAAGAAUUCAUUCUGCUUCUGCUACGACUGCUGCACCUACUUUGCCUGCCAUCUCAUCCAUUACAUCGCCCAUCAUGCAUCAACCCAUUCAUCCUCAACUUGCACCUAUUCAUAGUCAUCAUCUUCAUCUUCACCAACAUCAGCAGCAGCAGCAAUUCAAUACCAACAACAAAAGAACCCGUGCAAGCGUUGCAAGUACACAUCACGCGCAUAAUAUCCAACAAAAUACUCUCCAUCUAUGUGAACAUGUCACUGGUCCUGGCAAAGUUUGCGGGCAAACCUUUAGAAGAUCUUAUGAUCUCUCUCGCCAUCAAACAAUUCAUCUUGAAAACAGACCGUUCUGCUAUUGUGAUAAAUGUGGCAAAAAGUUCACUCGAAUGGAUGCUCUGCGAAGACAUGAGCGAGUUCAAGGCCAUUCUUCAAAACAUCGCUCCAUGUCUACAUCGCUUUUACCAUCAUCACAAAAAGCUACCAGUGUUUGA